GAAGAAUCCAAUCGAAAAUUCACCUCUGUUGCGAUUCUAGACUCUUUCUCAAUCCAUGGAAUUUCUUGAAAUAAUAAUCCUGCCAUUGAUAAAGAAAAUAGAACAGGAUCCUCAUUCCCAAAAAGAAUUGAGCAACCUGCUGAAAGAUAUUUGGGAAGAAGUAAAGCAGAAGCCUGGAAAUUUCGAGUUGAGAGAGCUUCUGACUCAAAUUUGCAGUGUGGAGGAUACCAUUGACUCCAUCAUUGCUAGAAAAAUGCUGCAGAGACAAAAUAUCUCCAUCAGGAAGGCUCCUGUCAAAUAUUUUUCAAUUGCAAAAGGCAGUGUCAAAUUUCCUCACGAGUUGCACAAGCAAACUAAGGGGCUAAAAAAAAUAUUGAAUGAUUUCUUGUCUGCCCCAGUUCCAGAAGAGAAGUUACCGAGCAAAUCAGAUACCGUAGAGGUCCCAGCAAAGGAGUCCUCUAGUAACACAGUUCCUCAAAAGAAGUCCUCUAAAGAUGCUGCAGUUUUAUCAAGAAAACCAAGUAUUUCAGGGGGCAUUCAAGUCUCAUCAGAAAACAAAGAUGUUGGGAGGGACAACAAGGAUUCAGAUGAAAGACAUCAUCAGAGUUGGGAGGAAGGGUGUGUCCCAAUUUUCUUGGAGGAGUUAGUAAGCAAAUUAGCUCAACCAGCACUCCUUAGCAGGCGGGUGAGGCAACUUCUCAUUUUGAAAGCCAAUUUGAAAUACCCGAGUGAUGCAAUUUUCUUGUGGACUUCCUACCAUUCUUCUGUUACUAAACAACAUUUUCAGUUUUGCUGUUGGGUUCGUGUUUCUAAAGAGUCAGGAGAAAGAAAUAUCUUAAGUGAUAUUUUGAAACAAGUUCCUUCUAUUAAGCAGGGAGAACUCGAGCUGUCAAAUCAGUUACUGAGGAAGCGGCUUCAAGAUUUCUUAGUUUUUGAAAGGUACCUGAUAGUUUUAUAUGGUGAACUAAGAGACGAUGUUUGGAACAGUCUCAAAUCUGCUUUUCCCUACUCAUUGAAUGGUAGCCGAGUGCUUCUCAUCUGUAAAGGAAUCACUUCAACCAAUGUUUCAAGGGAAUGGUCAAGCCAACAGCUAGGGAAGUCUAAAGAUUAUUUGCUGGAGGAAUCUAGAAUGAUUGGCAUGAAGGAUAUUAUGACUGAGUUAUACCAGUCAAUCUUAAAUCAGUAUAAAUUGUUGUUUCUCAUUUCCAUUGUUGGGGUGGCAGAAUCAGAGAAGACAACUUUUUUGUGGGCUAUGUACAAUGCAGAGGAUAUUAAGCAGCAAUUCCAAUACCGUGCCUGGGUUCUUGUUCCAAAAGAGUUCAAAGAAACAGAUCUCCUAGCUGAUAUUUUGGAACAAGUUACAGAUAACAAGGUAGAAGAAGAAGACCUCGACCUGGUGACACUACAAAAGAAGCUUUGCAAUUUCCUAGCUCCGAAGAGAUACCUCAUAGUUUUAUAUGAUGUUUGGACGACUGAGGUUUGGGACAAGCUCAAACAAGCCUUUCCCAACUCCAUGAAUGGUAGCCGGGUGAUUAUAACCGUCCACGAGGCUGAUGUGGCCAGGCAAACCAAUUCUUCUUGGAUCUUGGGAACAGUUUGUGGAAAAGAGUCGCAGCAUGAAAAGGUUUCAAAUCUAAAAGUUAAACAUAGGUGGGGAAGAUUAUCUGAUGUUAAGGCUAAUGAGUCAGGCCUUGUUGGAUUGGAUGAUAAAGUGCAGGAAUUAGCUGAACUGCUACUUGAAAAUUAUCAAUUUCUCAUCUCAGUGGUGGGUGUGGCAGGCUCUGGCAAGACAAUACUUGUGAAGGCAAUCUACAGUAGUUUAGCAAUUAAGCAGCAUUUCGAGUGUCGAGCUUUUGUUUCUGUUUCUCAAGUAUUUGAGGAGAGAAAACUCUUGGCAGACUUAUCAAUGCAGCUGGGAAUGGUGCGGAAGGAUGAGAGCUGGUCCAAAGAGGAAUUGCAAAAGAGACUUAGAAGUUUCUUGGGUUGGAAGAGAUACCUGAUAGUUUUAGAUGAUGUCUAUACAGCUGGUGUUUGGGAAAAACUCAGUCUUGCCUUUCCAAAUUCGUCAAAUGGGAGUAGGGUGAUACUCACUACUCGUGAUGCUUGUGUGCCACGCAAUAUUAAAGGGCAUACCAGAGUUAUCCAACUACGUUUUCUAAACAAUGAUGAGAGUUGGGAAUUGUUUGUAAAGAGGGUACCAACGGUUGUAGAAAAUGCAGAAUUGAUUAAAGCUGUCAAAGAAAAGAUUUUGCAAAGAUGUGGGGGCCUGCCUCUAGAUAUAGUUGUACUUGGAGGUUUGCUUUCUACCAAGGAACUAAAAAUCCCGGUGUGGUCUAAAUUCAUUGAGCAAGUCAGUCAAAAGAAAGAAAAGAAAGGGAGGAUAACUGGUGAAGAUGGUGUGAAUUCCUCAGGCCAACCGGCUUCCUCACAUAUGAAGAAAGCAAAUGGAGGUCAGUCAUAUUCUUUCACCAAACGUGAUUCAUCAGAUACCAAGCUGGAAGAGAAAGAUGAUAAGGGGGAGAUUGAGGAAAUAGGUCCCAGUGAAGCUUCACGGAUGCAAAAAGAAGAAAAGGUGAAGCAUGGAGCAACCAAAGAAGAUCAGGAACCUUCGCCAAAUCAAUUGCCUUCAUCAUCAGAUACCACACAAAAAGAAGACAACAGGAUAUUGGCAAUGCAGAAUACUUCUUUUGAUCAAGAUCAAGCAGGUUCCUCUGAUGAAACCUUAUCAGGUAUCUUGGCUUUAGGCUAUCAGGACCUAAAUUCUCAAUUGAAGUUCUGCCUUAAUUAUUUAGGUCUCUUUCCCAAAUCAUACAAGGUUCCUUUUAGGAGGUUGAUUCAACUGUUGCAAGCAGAGGGAUUGUUGAAACAAGAAACAAAGGAAGAAAGUUUUGAAGAGCAGGUGAAGAAAUACAUUGAAGACUUAAAAAAAAGAAACAUGAUUGAGGUAGAAGAAAAAUUAAAUGGGAGCCCCAAAACCAUUUGUAUGAAAAGUACUCUAUAUGAUGCAUUGUCUCCACGAGCAGAGAAAGCUGGAUUGUUUCACAUUCACUUCAACCAUGAAAAGAAAGAUGCCCCCAAACAAUUUGAGUACGUCCGAAGGCUUGCAGAACACCCAGAGAUCAGCUAUGACAGGCUUCCAAAUUACAGCUUUAGUCUACGCUCUUACGUUUCUUUCAAAACCGAAAAAGGUGAUCGACCUGCUUUUGGGGUAGAUAAAUUUCUUAAGGACACUGUUAAGAGAGGUUUUGGAUUAAUUGUCAUACUUGAUUUGGAAGGAUUUUACAAACCAGUGCUAUCUAAACAUCUAGGCAAAUUUCCAAACCUCAAGUAUUUGGGAUUAAGAUGGACUUUUUUGGAUUCAAUUCCUAAUUCAGUUGGUGACUUGCCUUGCCUUGAGACUUUGGAUGUGAAGCAUACUAACAUCAGCACUUUACCUGGUGAGUUCUGGGAGGCAAAAUAUCUUCAAUAUCUUUACAUGAACAAUAUUUGUGUUGAUACAUCGAUUCCAAAGGCACCUCAAACAAAUGGAUCAUUAACCAAUCUUAAGACUUUAUUGGGUCUGGUGAUCCGCAGUAAGGAUUCUGUAGCUUAUUUGAAGGCAGCGAAUGGUCUUAGAAAACUUGGAGUAACAUGCCAUGAAGAAUCAAUUAAGGAGACAGUUGAGUGGAUUUCUAAGUUGACCCAACUUCAAUCAUUGAAGUUGAGGUCAAUAAACAAAAGCCACAAAUCUUCUACAUUGAAAUUCGGUGAUUUAGGGAAUCAUACUGAUCUAUCACAGUUGUAUUUGAUUGGACAACUUGAGAAGGCAUUAGAUGUUAAAAAAUUUCCACCAAAGCUAGAGAUCCUUACUUUGGCGGUGUCAGAACUGCCGGAUGACCCAAUGAAAGAACUAGGAAAGAUGGAGAGUUUGAAGAUCCUUGGGCUGCACGCCCGUUCCUACAAGGGGAGAACAAUGACAUGUCUUCGUGACACUUUCCCAAAGCUUCAAGUCUUAAAAUUGUGGAUGCUUGAGGAGCUCGAGAAAUGGGAAGUGGAGAAGGGAGCCAUGCCCGCCUUAGAAGAAGUUGAGAUCAGAUGCUGUAAGAAACUCAUUAACACUGAUGGAUUGAAGGAGUUGACCACUUUGAAGGAAUUGAUUUUGACAGGUAUGAAUCAGGAUUUUGUGAAGGAACUUAAAGAAAGGCUAGGCAGACUAGGCAGCAAUGUGUCACUCAGAGAAAACGACUGGAAAUUUUCUUCUACCUGGGCGAAAGCAUGGUUUAAAUGGAAUCAACAGCAUAGCAUCUACAAGUGGAAAUCAAGUUCGUGGAGUGAUCUCAUGGGUUUCAGUGGGGAUGAGUAUCUUCAUAAUGAGUUUAUGCUGGUGUCACAAAAGCAGGGAUCUCGCCAUGCAUUGGCCUAAUUUCUUUCUCUAUGUAUCUAAUGUGAUAUCGAUUUUACUCAACAAAAACUUUGUGGGAUGAAAUUUAUUUGCACUUCCUUUUCAUUUGUCAGUUGUUUUUCUUGUAUUGUGCUAGGAUAAUGAUACUUAGAAUCAUUACUCAUUGUGCCAUGUCAAAGCUUUUCUGUCUAUUUGAUGCUGAUCUGUAUAAAAUAGCAGUGAAGCU